CGGGCAGCAAUGACAGCCUGAAGGUUGCAGCGGCAGCGGGAUCUGCAUUCCAAGUGCUCACAUCUCACCGUCUGGAGCGAUUUGACGUGGAGCUGCACUUCAUUUGCUGAGCCAUGGCCAGUAACCAGGCCAGCCUGCAGGACGAUCAGAGCAGGCACUGCAAGUUCUUGUCCUAUAUGUUCUACCAGGCUGUGAGAGAUCACAAGCCUGUAUGGAUGCUGGAAGACAUGAGAACUAUGGAAUAUUUUUACUGGGAAGAAAAUGCCAGCCUAAGAACCUACUCACCUUCAGAAGCCCUUCUCUAUGCCGUGGUGCAUAAUCACCUGCCUUAUGCUCAGUAUCUGCUGUCUCAUUUUCCAGAGGAGGCUCUCAAGGUGCCUGGGGAACAUUUCUGCUACUGCCCAUCCUCUGCCCCACACUUGGCCAUGGCAGUUACCUAUGACAGGAGAGAUAUCUUGGGACUGAUCAUCAAAAUUGCACACAAGCUCCCCAGCUUGAACUCCUACAUCAACAGGACCGGCUGCUUUCAUCUAGAGGACGGGAAAACUCCCCUGCAUCUUGCCUGUGAACUGCUGAGGUCAGAGACGGUCCUCAUCCUUCUGGGGAAUGGAGCUUCUCCCAGGAUAGAGGACAGUAAAGGGCUUACCCCGCUGGACGUCAUCCUGGAGCAGAUGUGGGACUCCAAAGUCAAUGUGGCAUCAAAGAAGCUCUGYCUUGACUACCUCUUGCUUUUCAUGCCCAAUCCACAGUUUAAGAUGCGGAAAGUUCUGCAGGAUCAUCCAGACCACUGGACAGCUUUGCUGGGAGAAGACAAAUUCAACAGCCUGGUGGGGAACACACCCGCUUCUUUAUACCUGCAAGCUAUGCAAACUAUUCUCCAGACUCUGCCCCCCUCUCAUUUUCCUAAAAGCAUCCAGGAACUACCUAUACCUCAGGCACUAAAGCCCUUACCAUCCUAUGGCAAAAAGCUACCGACAAAAAAUGUGCACCAUUAGCAAGAAGGACAGGCCACAUUGGGGUCUCAGCUACAUCUCUUUACACCUGAAGUAACGCGUUUUAAGUUAAUUGCACCACUCCAGGUCUUUGCUGCACAAGAAAAACAACAACAACAACAAAAAAGAAACUUGCUMAAUUUGUGCACUAUUUUCUUCAAGCCUCCAUAACUCUGACCUCAGCAUAUAAAUAAAGGUGAUGCUUAAUCCCUGAGCAUUUUUUUUACAUUUUUGAUAUUUUGAAUGUAUGCAUAUAUAUACUUUCCCUCUCUCUAAAACUGAUGGGCAUUUCCCUAUUUCCAGUUUUCUUGGCUUUUGGGGGGUUCACUGUGACAGAUGCUGUUGCUCACUAUGAUAAAGUUCAAAUGUUGCCAUGCCCAAGUGCAAAUGAAUGAAUCACUGUAUGAUAUGACUUUCUUAUAAAGCCA